AAUCCAAGCUGCUCUGCUUCCCUCGCUGGUCCUGGGGCAGCGUUGAUCGGGGCCAGCUAGGGGCUGCAGCCUUCCACUGGCUUCCCUCCUCUCUCCUUGCCCACCCUCCACUGAGGGUGCGGGGGGGCGGCUCCGGCAGGUGAUGCGCCCUGCUGCUUGACAGCCGCAUCUGCAGCCAAGGACGACAGCAGGUUGGCGGGGCCAGGGCGAGACGGCCUCAUGCUGGCGCAGAUUCUCUCUCUGGGUGAGCAGCAGCAGGAGGAGGCGGCGGGGUUUCUCUGAGCUAUUUAAAUCAAGGCUGGAGCCAGCCCUGACAAUCGGCUCGCGACGGAAGCAACGCUACGCUGCGGGGACGGACUUUUAAUCAACCCCCUGCUCCGAUUUCGGUGCAGCCGCCGUGGGCUGCCCGCCCAGCUCCUCCCAGGCCCUGCGCCCCCUGUGCAGUGCAGCCCGGCCCGGCGGGGGCAUGGAGAGCAAGCGCUGCUUCGCCAACCGCUUCGAUGACUACGCGGGCAGCCUGCCGGCCGGGCAGCACCACGAGGCGGUGGUGCCCUGGGUGGCCGCCACCAUCGAGCGCAUCCUGCAGCAGGUGCCCCCGCUGGAGGGCGGCCUGGCGGCGGCGGCGGGCGGCCUGUACGGCGGGCUGGCCGGGAUGGCCUACAUGCUGUACCACGCCGCGCGCUGCCCGCUCCUGGCCCCGGCCCGGGACACCUACCUGCGGGCGGCCCGGCGCCUCAUCGACGCCUGCGUGCGCUACGAGGAGGAGUGGGGGGAGCCGGACGCCGACACGCGGGCCGCCUUCCUGCUCGGCGGGGCCGGGGUCUACGCGGUGGCCGCGCUCGUCUACCAAGCCCUGGGGCUGCCCGACUUCGGCCGGCUGCUGGGCCGGUUCCGGGAGCUGAGCCAGAUCUGCGCCCCCGUCACCUUCCUGGAGUGCGGCUCCGACGAGCUCUUCGUGGGCCGGGCCGGCUACCUGUGCGCCGCCCUGGUGCUCAAGCAGAAGCUGGGCAUGGAGACAUUGACCCCAGGGCAGAUCAGAUCAAUUUGCCAGGCGAUAUUAGAAUCUGGGAAGCAGUAUGCUGUGAAGAAGAGGAAACCAUGCCCACUCAUGUACUCUUAUUAUGGAACAGAAUACCUUGGUGCAGCCCAUGGCCUUUCAUCCAUCCUUCAGAUGCUGCUGUCCUAUUACGAGUACCUUCAGCCUGCAGAUCAGGAGCUUGUAUGGCAGAGCAUUGAUUUUCUUAUGGACCAAGAACAGAACAGCAACUGGCCUCCUGAACUGGGAGAGACAAUUAAGCGGGAGAGUGAGCUUGUGCACUGGUGUCACGGAGCUCCAGGUAUUGCAUACCUGUUUGCUAAAGCUUAUCUGAUUUCCAAGAAGCCCCAGUAUCUGGACACUUGUAUCCGCUGUGGGGAACUGACAUGGCAGAAGGGCCUGCUGAAGAAGGGACCUGGAAUUUGCCAUGGAGUGGCUGGUAGUGCCUAUGUGUUCCUACUCCUAUAUAGGCUUACUGGAAACUCUAAAUACAUCUAUAGAUCACAAAGGUUUGCAGAGUUCUUAUUUACAGAAGAAUUUAAGGCUGGUUCCCGGGCAUUAGAAAACAUAUAUAGUCUGUAUGAAGGCUUCUCGGGGACCGUGUGUUUCCUGAUUGACUUGCUACAGCCCAACCAGGCCGAGUUCCCUCUCUUCAGUAUCUUUGUCUAGAGAAGGAUGUUCUCCAGUAACAUACUGGAACAGCCAUGCACAGGGCACCUGCAGUUUCACUUAUCUGUAAAGGGAGGCUAUUUACAAAAUAAGCCACAUUCAGUGGUACCACUAAUGCUAGCCUUAAUUUUGCAGGGGUGGG